AUGGCCGAGGCGGUCGCAGUGGUACGCGCGAAGAGGGCUGCAGAGGCGGCGGCGGCGGCGCACGGCGAGGCGGAGUCGCAGUUUCCGCGGUCGACGAGUUUGCUGGAGGAGAAGUUCGACGCGUACGAGCAAGCCAACCUCUUGAUAUUCCGAUCCAAGUCCGACGGCGCGCAUAGCAGCACGCGCGACUCGGGUCCCUCCGACACUCCCGACGACAGCUUCGUCCCGACGAAUGCGGAGCUCGUGACACGUGGCUCGCGCACGUCGCUGAGACUGCCCGACUCCGCUAUUGAGGGGGAGGAUCCUGCGGGCGACGAUGCGCAGGCGGAGCGGAUAUGGGGAGGGGGAGCCGGCGGAGGGGAUGGUGGAGGGGGGAACGCUUCGCGCCGCGAGGGUUCGGGGAACGAGCGGGCAGGGGCCAGCGGCACUGGACGUAGCGCGGAAGACGAGAGGGGAUUAGGUGCCGCUUCCCGCGCAUACCCGCCCAAAAGCACGCGGGGAAGCUGCUGGCGACCGUGGCGGGGGGAACAGGAGCGCGGGGAAGGGGAGCACACCGGCGGGACGGGGAAGGGAAGCAGCAGGGAUACACAGCGCAGUGGGGAAGGGGACAGCGGCGAAAAUGGGCACGCGGAGGGCGGAGGGGAUGCACUCGGGGAAGGGCAGGGUGGGGAGGCGAGGGGGAAGAACGUGGGGAGAGGGGGGGGAGCGGAGGAGGGCGUUGGCACUCCGCUGAUGCGCAGUUUGACGGAGGACUGUGGGCGGAGUGGGGUGGGCGGGGGUUGCCCGCGCAUGGAGAGUGGCGUGCUGCAUGAGACGGAGAUGGAUGAAAUGGACGGCGAGGUGCUGCAAGAGGCCUUCACACGAGUGCUGGCGCUGCAGAAGCGAGUGCUGCACUACCGCGACCUGGGGGGCUUUGUGCUGCUCAUGGCGCUCUUCAUCACCAUCCUCUACAUGCAGGCUGAUUCCUCCCGUAGCUAUGACAUCACUGCUGCACACUCCGUGCUCUACCCGCCUGGCAUGAGCCAGGACACCACCAACACCUUCUCUGGCGCAGAUGAUUUCUACCAGUGGCUCAACAAUAGCAUCAUACAGACCCUCUGGGCGGACUUGACGUGUGGCGACGGGUUGUGCAACUACCCCUUACAGUACCCCGCUUUCGGCCGCUUUGGCUGCGAAGCAGACUGUGGCACGUUCCCCAACCUCACGGCCGUCGCUGUCCACCUCUCGUCCCAGCUGCACUCGCAGCAAGCUGCAGAGCAGUCCUCUUGGAACCUCUGCAUGGUCAACCCGGUCUCCCUCUGCUGGUACGAGACCCCACAGCCCUUCCCACAGGGCGAGGCACACGUCUUAAUCCCCAUGCACAUACCGGACGGCGACUGGGUGGUGGUGCUCAACGCGCCAUUCGGGGGCAUCAGAGGCUCGCUGCACACCGCACCUCCCGGCACGCAGCGCAUGGCCACCCUGGGGUCGUCUAGCACGGUGGAGCUGGCUGCAUGGGGCUACUGCACACAUGCCCAUGAUGAUACGCAGCAGCAGGAUGGCAGUGCCAUGGGGGAUGCGGAUGAUCAGGCUGGGGCGACUGGCGCUGGGGAUGCUGCUGGGGCCGACAGCUGUCGCGACACGUGUGUGAGGCUCGCCACAUGUCUGCCCGAAGCGUGCGACCGCACAUUCACAGAGCAAGAGGUGGCAGGGGCGUUCGUGGACUGUGCGCGCAUGUGCAUCGUUGCACCCGCCACCAUCACUCACUAUGAGUCCAUCUCCUGCCCCAUGACAGACAUGCCCACCAUAUUCCCCAACACCCCCUGCAACGUCUCAGCCUCGAACUCCUUGGCCCACACUUCUCGCUUCCGCCGACGCAAGGCCCAGGCGCGGUAUCGCGUGCACCGCACACACGAGUACGGCUACUGGCCCUCUUCGGCAUCCCUCUCUCAACCCCCUCGUUCAACUUCCGCCUCUUCUCGUUUCCUAGCAGCGCCUGAGCAUGCCUCUGCCUCUGCUUCUGCCACUGCCUCUGCGGCUGCCUCUGCCAAGUCCCCCACCGGGGCAACACAGCAAGAGCAGAGAGCACCAGAAACGCCAGCUGCAGCAACAGAAGCAUCACUGGCAGCAACACCACCAGCAGCAGGAGCGGCAGAAGCAAGCCUUGCGCCCAGCACCCCGUGGCUUCUCCUAGGCGCCACGGACCGCCAACGAAUCAUAGCGCUGCAGGUGGCAGUAUCACGAGCGCUCUACACCAUGGCUAAGGACCGGUGCCUGGCAGGGCGGGCUCCUGGGAGCGAGGCAAAGCACCUCGAGGGAGGAGCGGGCAGCGUGCGGGCAGGCAUCGUGGCCUCCCUGUGCACGGCACUGGGAGGGCCUGUUGCGACAAUGGAGGAGUGCCGGCUGAGAGAUGAGACGGGGCAGCAGAUGGCGGCGGUGGGGGAAAUGUACUCGUACCUGCAUCGCACGCAUGUGAGCGGUGGGCGGGUGAUAUCCGCACAGCACAUGCGGCGGUUUGUGCAGACGGUGGUGGCGGCGCUGCGGUCCGUGACGGGGCUGGAUGAGGCGGCAUGUGCGCGGAUCAGCACGCUGCUGCAUGGCUUUGAUGAUGCCAUUGUCACGUCUGAUGCACUUGGGUGCUCACAAGGUAGAGCAUGGCUGCAGUGGCGCGUGGGUGUGAAGCACAACACGACCAUUCACGUGGGCGACAAGGUCACCUGGGUGUGGGAUGACAACCUCCCACACUCUCUCCGAGUGGCGGGGAUGGGCGAGGCGGCCGAUCCGCUGUUCCUGGGGUUCGGAGGGCACCGCCUGGCCGUGUCACGCCAGCUCGCCUGCACGCCCAUGAACGUCGGCGCGGGGGACAUCUCUGAUGACCCGCUGCCGUGCGUCCUCAGUGAGUGGAGGCGUGCAGUGGGGUGGGGUGUAGUGAGUGUGGUGUAG